CUGGCCGUUUCCGGAAGCCGGCAGCCGCCCCAGCCCGCAGACCGGUGUCUGAGAUCGGGGAGUUGGAAAGGCAGCUUCUGGCGGUUCCCCGUGUUUGGGCCGGACCCGUAACGGUGGGAAGAGAAAAUGGCCCUGCUGUGCUACAACCGGGGCUGCGGCCAGCGCUUCGACCCUGAGACGAAUUCCGACGAUGCUUGCACAUACCACCCAGGUGUUCCAGUCUUUCAUGAUGCAUUAAAGGGUUGGUCUUGCUGUAAGAGAAGAACAACUGAUUUUUCUGAUUUUUUAAGCAUUGCAGGCUGUACGAAAGGAAGGCAUAACAGUGAGAAGCCACCAGAACCAGUCAAACCUGAAGUCAAGACUACCGAGAAGAAAGAACUAUCUGAGUUGAAACCCAGAUUUCAGGAACACAUCAUUCAAGCCCCUAAACCAGUAGAAGCAAUAAAAAGGCCAAGCCCAGAUGAACCAAUGACAAAUUUGGAAUUAAAAAUAUCUGCCUCGCUAAAACAAGCACUCGAUAAACUUAAACUGUCAUCAGGGAAUGAAGAAAAUAAGAAAGAGGAAGACAGUGAUGAAAUUAAAGUUGGAACCUCAUGUAAAAAUGGAGGAUGCUCAAAGACAUAUCAGGGUCCACAGAGUCUAGAAGAAGUCUGUGUAUAUCAUUCUGGAGUACCUAUUUUCCAUGAAGGGAUGAAAUACUGGAGCUGUUGUAGAAGAAAAACUUCUGAUUUUAAUACAUUCUUAGCCCAGGAGGGCUGUACGACAGGGAAACACGCAUGGACUAAAAAGGAUGCUGGGAAAAAGGUGGUUCCAUGUAGACACGACUGGCAUCAGACUGGGGGUGAAGUCACCAUUUCAGUAUAUGCUAAAAAUUCACUUCCAGAACUUAGUCAGGUAGUGGCAAAUAGUACGUUGUUAAAUGUACACAUCGUAUUUGAAGGAGAGAAGGAAUUUCAUCAAAAUGUGAAAUUAUGGGGUGUGAUUGAUGUAAAGCGAAGCUAUGUAACUAUGACGGCAACAAAGAUUGAGAUCACCAUGAGAAAAGCUGAACCUAUGCAGUGGGCAAGCCUUGAACUGCCUGCAGCCAAAAACCAGGAAAAACAAAAAGAAGAUACAGCAGAAUGAGUUGAGGAAAAAAACAAGUUAUUGCCUGUUUCCGAAUUGUUAACGUGUGGUCAAGUGGUGACUUGCUGCUGUACUCUUGUUUUCUUGUUGUUGUUGUUAUCGAAUCUGGCAUUUCAGGGUCUGUAGUAGGUUGAAGCCAAAGUCAUUUUAUCUUUUUGUGCCUCCCAUCUCCCUUUUGAGUUACCUAAGAUUGAUGUUCAUUUCUCCUCACUAUUAGAACUGUAGUCGUGUCCUAUACUUGAAGAAGCUAGAAAAUAGCUCAUAACGGUUACAGUAUUUCUUAGUAUGAUAUUUUGUUAAUCUGAGAAAUGUAAAAGAGCAUUUGUUUUUACAUCUUUCUUCAUCUAAUGAGUAAAGCAAGAUGGAAUGUCACAUUUUUAAUUAGUUUUUCAUGAGUUUGUGUUCCUAUGAUACUUGAAAAUCUUUACGGAAGAGAUGCAGCUCUGCAUUGCUUUUUCCAUGCAGCAAUUACCAGUUACAUUUUGUAGGGGGAUUAACUCAAGAUCGUGUGCUGAGUAGGUAAUGGGGAAUAUAGGCAUUGCUUAACCAAUUAGAAUUGCUUAAAACUAAUUGGACUUAAAACUUACAUCAGUACCUACUUGCUUGUCAAGCAGUAUAAUUUAAGAGUGUAGGAAACAUAAAUAAGGAUAUGAAGGUGUCAACUUGGUUAAAAUUCACCAUUUUAUACGACUAAGCAAUCAUGUUAAACAUCUCUUUGCUGAUUAUUUAUAAGGCGUUGGUAUGGUGUUACGACUGAAUUGUACCUUAUUUAUAGCCCUCACUCUCUUAGAAUCUUAUCUUAGCUACAAAGCAGAAUUGUUACUCUUAACUUGGCCUCCCUUAUUAAAGUUGUAGACUUAAAGGUUUAUGGAAAUGCAUUAAGGUAGCAGAAAAGUAAAUACUUAAGUUUUGCUUUAUGACAGCUAUUACACAUUAAACAAAAUAGCUAAUUUUUUUUUUAAAGCUUUCAUGAACAACUUGACAAUUCUGGGUGAUAAAAUGUUGAUUAUAUAUUGUACUUGAUUAAAUGUAGGUAUCACAGAAUUAGAUUGUUUAUGCUAACUGGACCCAUUAAAAGAUAGUUACUUUUUGAGGCAGUGCAGAGCUCUCAUAGAAAACUAAAAUUAAGACGUGUUAUGACGGCCAGAACUCUGGCAGAACUUCAUGUUUGGGUAUGAAUUAUGUUUAUAUAUAGAUUAAAAAUAAUUAUUUCUUAA